AUGGCUGGCGAGAGAGGCCCGCAGGACGCCGCGCACAACAUGGGCGACCACCUGCCGCUCCUCCCUGCAGAUGAGGAAGAAGAUGAAAUUGAAAUGGAAGUCGAAGACCAGGAUAGCAAAGAAGCCAAAAAACCAAACGUCAUAAAUUUUGACACCAGUCUGCCAACGUCACAUACAUAUCUGGGUGCUGAUAUGGAAGAAUUUCAUGGCAGGACUUUGCACGGUGACGAUAGCUGUCAGGUUAUUCCAGUUCUGCCGCAGGUGAUGAUGAUCCUGAUCCCUGGGCAGACCUUACCUCUUCAGCUUUUUCGUCCUCAGGAAGUCAAUAUGGUGCGGAAUUUAAUUCAGAAAGACAGAACCUUUGCAGUUCUUGCAUACAGUAAUAUACAGGAGAGGGAAGCACAGUUUGGAACAACAGCAGAGAUAUAUGCCUAUCGAGAAGAACAGGAUUUCGGAAUUGAGAUAGUGAAAGUGAAAGCAAUUGGAAGACAAAGGUUCAAAGUCCUUGAGCUAAGAACACAGUCAGAUGGAAUCCAGCAAGCUAAAGUGCAAAUUCUUCCUGAAUGUGCGUUGCCUUCAACGAUGUCUGCAGUUCAGUUAGAAUCCCUCAAUAAAUGCCAGAUAUUUCCUUCAAAACCUGUCUCAUGGGAAGACCAGUAUUCAUGUAAAUGGUGGCAGAAAUACCAGAAGAGAAAGUUUCAUUGUGCAAAUUUGACUUCAUGACCUCGCUGGCUAUAUUCCUUAUAUGAUGCUGAAACUUUAAUGGAUAGAAUCAAGAAACAGCUGCGUGAAUGGGAUGAAAAUCUAAAAGAUGAUUCUCUUCCUUCAAAUCCAAUAGAUUUUUCUUACAGAGUAGCUGCUUGUCCUCCUAUUGAUGAUGUAUUAAGGAUUCAGCUCCUUAAAAUUGGUAGUGCCAUCCAACGACUUCGCUGUGAACUAGAUAUUAUGAAUAAAUGUACAUCUCUUUGCUGUAAACAAUGUCAAGAAACAGAAAUAACAACCAAAAAUGAAAUAUUCAGUUUAUCGUUGUGUGGACCAAUGGCAGCUUAUGUGAAUCCUCAUGGAUAUGUGCAUGAGACACUGACCGUGUAUAAGGCUUGCAACUUGAACCUUAUAGGCCGGCCUUCUACAGACCACAGCUGGUUUCCUGGGUAUGCUUGGACUAUCGCCCAGUGUAGGAUCUGUGCAAGCCAUAUUGGAUGGAAAUUUACGGCCACCAAAAAAGACAUGUCACCUCAAAAAUUUUGGGGUUUGACUCGAUCUGCUCUGCUGCCCACUAUCCCAGACACUGAAGAUGAGAUAAGCCCCAACAAAGUAAUACUUUGCUUAUAAACAAAUGCUGUAGAGAUAAAGUUAAUAUUUAUUAAGUUGGUCUUGUAAAAUCAGAUCUGCUUUGGAAAUUACUGCAUUUGAUGCAUACCCAAGUAAAAAGCAACAUUACAUGGAAGGUUGCAGUUUCUUA